AUGUCAGAUAAUAAAUUAGAAAUUAUUGACAAAAACGAUUCCUCAUCAAGUGCUGAAGACAUUGACAUGGCAGAAAAAGAAAACAAUGUUGUACUGGCCCUCAGUGAUAUAGAGUCCAGCAGUCACGAGCUCAAACAAGAAAAACCCAAAAAUGGUUUUGCAGGGUUUCUCAACAAUUUUUUCAAUGAUGAAGGUGAAUACAAAGUCAAGAGUUCAAAUGAUGCAGAUGCUACCUUUAAAUUUAUGGAGGAAAAUGACGAGCUAACGCCGCCUAUUACUCCUGUACAAGAAAAAAAACUAAGGCGUAAAGUUAUGUGGAUUGUAGUUGGGUUAACAGCUACUUUGGAUUUACUGCUAUACGCAGACAAAGCAACUGCUUCUUAUGCUUCUAUUUUUGAAAUGUGGACCGAUAUCGGUUUAGAUCAGAACAUGUACAAUAAUUCUAACACACUAUUUUAUGUCGGGUACAUUAUAGGACAGACGAACUUAUUAUUUGUUCAGAAAUUUCCAAUUGGCCGUGUUAUGACUAUUUUAACCGCUUUAUGGACUGUUUUAAUUUUUUUGCAUUGUACGGUUUACAACCACCAAGGUUUGUAUGCGAUUAGGUUUUUCUUGGGAUUUGUUGAAUCUAUUGCUGUCCCUGUGAUGAACAUUACCAUGGGUCAAUUCUUGACUAAUGAUGAAAAAGCUGCUACUGCUCCGAUUUUCUACUCCACCUGUUUGGGUGUUACCAUCCCGGUUGGGUUUAUUGCCUAUGGGUUGUUGAAUGCUACACAUUCGCAUGUUCAUAUCUGGAAGUUGUUUAUGAUUACCAUUGGUGGGUGCACAUUCAUAAUGUGUUUGGUUGUUUUAUGGAUAUAUCCAAAUAAUCCUACCGAUGCCAGAUUUUUAAAGACAGAGGAAAAGGUGUGGGUUAUUAGAAGAGUUCAGUCUUCUACAAAUGCGUCUAUUGAACAAAAAUUUAUUAAGAAGUACCAGAUUCUAGAGGCUUUCAAAGAUCCGGUCUCUUGGUUGUUUUGUGGAUUUUUUUUACUACAACAAUUGGCCAAUAACUUACCUUACCAACAAAACUUGUUAUUUGAAGGUAUUGGUAGGAUUACCAAUUUAGAUUCUACUUUGGUUUCUGUUGCCAGUGGUGGUUUUGCAGCUGUUUGUGCGUUUAUAGCCAGUACCUUUUUAUUUUAUAAAAAGAACUACACUGCUUUUUCUGUAGUUUUCUGGACUGUUCCAUCUUUUGCUGCCUCCAUUGCUUUGGUCAGUAUUUCUUGGGAUAAGAAAAUUGCAUUAUUGGCAAUGUUAUGUUUGGCUAGUCCAUUAUUUGGUAUUCCAUGGAUUUUGAUGUUUAGUUGGAAUAUAACCUCAUGUUCCGGGUACACUAAAAGAAUUACGAGGAAUGCAAUGGUUAUGUUUUGGUAUGGGGUUGCAAACAUUAUUUCACCACAAUUAUGGCAAUCUAGAGACAGCCCACGUUAUAUUCCUGCUUGGAUUGUUCAAAUUGUCCUGUCCUUUUUUUUGGCUCCUUUACUAGCUUUAAUUAUCUGGUUUAUAUUGAAUAAAAGAAAUAAAGAAAGAUUAGCCAAUAUUGAUGAGCAUAAGGAGAAAAUUGGUUAUGUCGUUGAUGAAAGUGGUAAUAAAGUCAAGGUUGAGGUUGCUACUUUAGAUUUAACUGAUCUUGAAAACAAAACAUUUAUAUACCCAUUAUAA